UUCUUAGUCUUUUUAUUACUCUUUCCCUUCCGUCUUCUACUUCCUACAACAUGAACUUUACUAAUAAUUUUAAUGUGGUUAAAAUGAUGAAUAUAUCUUGAAGAAUUGAACUUUAUAUUGUUUAAUGCUUUAAGAAUUUCAGGAUAUUAUGCUGUGUGGUGGAUCUGAUUCAGUAAUUAUACCAACUGGAGUGGGUGGAUUUAUUGCUUGCAGGUCACUUUCUCAGAGAAACAAUGAUCCUACUAGAGCUUCUCUACCUCGAGAUAGUGACCGCGAUGGGUUUGUCAUGGGUGAAGGAGCUAGAGUUCUGCUUCUGGAAGAACUUGAGCAUGCGAAGAAAAGAGAUGCAACAAUCUAUGCUGAAUUUCUCGGUGGAAGAACCUCACCCUGAAGGGAUGAUGUUAACUAUAUAAACGCACAUGCCACAUCCACUCAGGCGGGCGAUCUCACAGAGUUCCAAGCUCUCCUCCGUUGUUUUGGCCAGAACCCAGAGGUGACUAAAUGGAUUUUAGUUCUUCAGUCUAUCGAAAGUCGAAACUCUUUUCUCUUUUCUUCUUUGCAACUAACUGUGUAGUGUCAAAGACAUAAGCUAGCAAGUACAAGUUCUUCUCCCUCAGGUAAACAUGACUCAUUCCAAUAUCCACAACUUUCUAUUUUCAUAUCAGGAUUACGUUGUUUUAAGUCAACCUUGGACUUUUGUGCCAUGGAUGGAAAAGCUUAGGAUAGAGGAAGAGUAAAGCUUUUUUUGGCAGGUACAUAUUAAUGGCUUCCUGAUCAUAUUUUCGUCAAACCACCCCCAAAUUGACUCAUGGGGACUACCCUGUUGGUUUCCCAACUGCCGGUCAUGAAAAAAAUAUCAGAAGUUCUUCCCUAAAGAGAAUGGGUCCAGUAACAAAUUAUGAUCCAUCCAUUAAGCAAUUCUCCUUUCAUUAUUAAGAAGAAAAAAAAUUAACAUUGUAAUAACAGAGUCCAGCACAAACAUACUACCUGUAAUGAGACAGUCUUUGGAUUGUUUUUGUUCUUGACCUUUGAGUUUCUCGAUUUAAGAAAAAAAACAUGGAAAGGUAUUACUGGCCUAGUAGUACUCUAAAUUACAUACAUUUGAACUAAUGGUUUGUCUCUUAGGUAAUAAGGCUUUGGUUAGUAAAUAAUUGAUUGCAUGAUAAUGUUGCUCCUUUUUUCAGGAAGAACAUCGUGCCGAGAUCUCUUUUAUGCUCUGUGGGUUCCUGAUCUCUUUAUGGGAAGAGUACAGAGUAAUGGGCAAUGGUCUUUAUUUUGUCCAAAUGAGGCACCAGGAUUGGCAGAUUGCUGCGGUGAAGAAUUUGAGGAACUUCAUACAGAAUAUGAAAGAAAGGGCAAGGCAAAGAAAGUUGUACAGACACAAAAUUUGGUUUGAAAUCUUGAAGUCUCAGAUAGAAACGGGUCCUCCCUACAUGCUAUAUAAGAGUCUUGCAACAAAAAAAGCAACCAGCAGAAUCUUGGUACUAUUAAGUCUUCUAACUUGUGUACUGAGAUUAUUGAGUAUGCAAUCUCAACGGAAACUGCGGUCUGCAAUCUGGCUUCAAUUGCUUUGGCACGAUUUGUCACGGAAACGGGGGUUCCAAUUGAAUCACAACCAUCUAAGCUUGUUGGAAGCAGAGGCUCUAUAAAUCGAUACUUUUAUUUUGACAAACUGGCAGAGUGUUUGACUUGUUCCAUAAGUUACUGCAAUAGUUACAACAAACCUGAACAAAAUUAUUGAUGUUAACUUGUAUCCCGUCAAAACUGCAAAGAACUUUAAUUUGCGUCACAGAUCCGUUGGGAUUGGUGUCCAAGGCUGACACAUUCAUUUUACUCGGCAUGGCUUUUUAUUCACCAGAGGCUCAGGAUCUAAACAAAGAAAUAUUUUAAACAAUAUACUACCAUGCUCUGAAAGCUUCUUCUGAUUUGGCUGCGAAGUAAGGCCCUAUAUGAAACCUAUGAGGGUAGUGCCAUAAGCAAGGUAUAUGUUAGUGUUUCUGCUUAGACAUUUAAGUGGCUAGUACUCUGCAGUUUUUUUUUGCUUUAAUCAGUUAGAGUAGUCAUUCCAAGUUAAAUUUGCCAGAGUUUAUAUUUGAUUUUGCAAUGGUUACACCCGUAGAUAGGUUUCUGAUUAAAUUGAUUGAUUUUAUUUUUUGGGGUACCCUCCAGCUAGAUAUGUGGGGAGUCACCCCCUCAAAUCAAUGGGAUUGGGUUGCUCUUUGAGCAAUGAUAGAAAAUAAUGAAGUAAGGAAUUCCCUUCUUGCAGCACCAAUAACAAGCCAAAUUCUUGGGAAUAAUGAAUUAUUGUAUGCCAUGCCCCCCUAUUAGCUGAAGUUCUAAGUCCCCUGCCUUAAUCUCUUGAUUUGCUGCAGAAAUGCUUAGGACAUAAGUAAUGACCCUAGAGUGAUAGCAGAAGCAGAUGUGGUCUUGACAACCUAUGGCCUUCUAACUGCUGCAUAUAAGGCUGUUGGUAACUUGUGAUAACAUGUUAUAAAUAGUUUUCGAUCAAGAAUAACCGUCGGCGACAGCAAAGUUACCGGAAAAGUUGACUGGCGACCAUAAUUGGUCAUCUCUUCUGGAGAGCCGACCAUUUCUGGUCGCUAUCUGGUUGCUCUCCCAGAAAGAUGGCGAUCAUUUUCUGGUCGCCUUCUCCAGGAUGGCGACCACACUGGUCGACUGGUCGCUUGCUCUAGGAAGAAGCUGUGCCAGGCAGUGGCAGCGACGAUGCGUGAAAUCUUACAAAGAAUCCUCAAUUUCAGCUCCUUGAAUUUGCAAUUCCCCAUCAGAACCCUCCCCUUCAUUACCGACAUUGAUAAUCAGUUCCAAAAAAAUAAGAUUAUGGCUCAUCUGAAACUGAGGAACUUAUUGUGAAUUGGGCAUAAUAUUUUGUAAUGGUGUUUGCAUUAAAACAUACGUGACACCAAUGUAUCAAACAUGGCAGAAUUUUGAAAUAAUCCAUAAUCGGAAGGCCAUCUAUAAGUACAGUACGUACUGGUGUUUUCUCUUCUUCCUGGCUACACAGUGAGCCUGUAAGGUGGUCGGCAUUAUAGCAGGAAGUGCACGGCAAUAACAAUAGGGAUACAAGAUAGUUAUGCAGAUGGCAAAAACAUCAGCAGGAAAAGGGAGAAGGGCAUCUGCGUUUUCGAUAACUAAAGGCAAAGGGUUGGACAUACAUCAUUAUAUAGGGUAAAGGGAGAAGAGAGAGUUUCACCUUAUUCUUUUUUACCGAAUUGCAAUUCUUUUCUCUCUUAAUUCCUUAUUCCCAACCAAAUGCAAUGUAAAAUUUUCAAUUUAUCUCUAUAAUAAUAAGGAGAACAAGAAAAUAAUGUUGCGAAAGUGAUUUCAAUAUAAUAUAAGAUGUAAAUUUUUCACUUUACCCCUCUAAUAAUAUGAAAUUCUAGGAUUUUCUGUUGAGUUGAGACGAAAAGAAAUCAAACUUGUUGCCCGCAUGAAGUAGCUCAACUGGUACAAGAGAGAAGUUUGAGAGAAGAGAUCAAGAUUGAGUCUCAUCAGCGACAUAGUCUAACCGCUGUAUUCAGCUGAGUUACAAUGAUUUACAUCAUUUCAAAUGCUUUGUCGGUUGAUUGGGAGAAGAACUCAAACUUGUCACUUUGUUUAUAGUUGAGGGAUUAAAAAUAAAUACAGUCAUAAUAACUGAAGGAUUAAUCAGAAUUCGGGUAUAGAGAAAGAUGCAAAUUUCUUUUUCAAAAAAAAAAAUGCAAUUUUCCCAAAUAAAUACUCCGUAAUAAAUAAACGGCUCCAUUCUGGGGUUGUAUUCUUCAUCGCAGCAAUCGAGGGAUUCCAGUACUCCGGGGAGAUGAUUUAUUUUGCAUUUUUCUCUUACAGGUGAGUGUUUCUCCCUUCAUUUGGUUGGAAAUGCAUCAAAAUGUUGAAUUUCAGAUGCAAAUCUUUACCCCAUUUGAGGUAUUCUUAUGUUAGAUUUACACUCACCUAUAAUCUGUAUGGAACAAAUGCUAGUGUUGAAUCCACCUCAAACAAUGCUAAAAGAGAUUCAUUCACGGUCUCAUACCUCAUAAAUAGAUGUGGCUUUACUCCAAAAAAGGCUCUAUCAGCUUCCAAAUACAUCAACUUCAAAACCCCAAACAGAGCGGAAUCUGUGCUGUCAUUCUUGAAAGUUCAUGGAUUCUCUGAAACUCAGGCCUUAAAACUUGUUAGAACGGAUCCUACACUAUUGGCAUGUAAUCCUGAGAAAUCCUUUUUACCCAAGCUUGAAUUUUUCAAGACUUUAGGCUUCCCAGGUGAACAUUUGACUCACAUUCUAUGUGUAGCUCCUACUGCUUUAAGGAGAAGUUUUGAGAGACGACUCUUGCCAACUAUCGGUUUCCUUGAGAACUUGCUCUUAUCACAAGAGAGUAUGAGAGUGGCCGUGAGGCGGUACCCUAAUAUUCUCUGUAAGGACCUCAAAGCUCAUUUGGAACCUAAUGUUCAGCUUUUGAAGGAGAUGGGGGUUCCUGAACACAAAAUUGUAUAUUUUUUAACACACCAGCCUUUGACAUUCAUGAUGUAUAGAGAUAAGUUUAGAAAGAUUGUGGAGGAACUUAAGGAGUUGGGAACUGACCCAACCAGGAAAAAUUUUCUUUUGGCAUUCCAUGCACUUGCUUGCAUGAGUAGAUUGACAUGGGAAAAGAAGAUGGAGAGCUAUAGGAAGUGGGGGCUUGCUGAGAACGAGAUUUUUGAAGCUUUUAGUAGGAACCCUUGGUUUAUGAUUGCUUCGCAAGAAAAGGUACUGUCAGCAAUGGAUUUUUUUGUGAAUAAAAUGGGAUUUGAAUCUUCUGCAAUCUUGAAAAAGCCUAUGGUUAUUUUGUAUUGUUUGGAGAAGAGAAUUAUUCCUAGAGGUUUGGUUUAUCAAACUCUGUUAGCAAAGGGUUUAAUCUGUAAGGAUCUCAAUCUGCUCGCUAAGAUGUUGAAGAUUUCUGAAGCAUAAUUCGUAGAGAAGUUUGUUGAACAUUAUAAGAAGGAAGCUCCUGAACUCAUAGAGAUAUAUCAGAAGUCACUCAUCCCCACAACCACACACGGACAUAGGGGCAAGUGCUUGAUGCUUGAUUAGAAGUUGCCCUUGACUGUAACUUGGAUUCAUUUCACAUACUGCAGAGCAUGUGCAUAAUUCUUUUUUGGAUUAUAAUGUGUAUGCCAUGUACUUUACUAAUUUUGUAAAAUUAAUGGCAGUAGUUUUUUAGGGGAUUCUGCUGGAGUGUGUCCAAAAUUAAGUUUAGGGAAUGGUUUUGUUUUGCCUUGGACUGCCAUUUAGCCUAUCUUAAAUUGGAAAAUUAUAAUUAUUGAUU